AUGGGAUUUGUACAGUCAGUACAACACGACCCGUUUACCAUGAAAACAGAGAACAACUUCGUCCAGUCACCCCCAUUUGGAUUGUACGAUAUAUUUAAUCAUUUAAUAUAUCAUUCCACCGUAUAUGAUAAGCAAGGACUUGCUUCAUACAAGUCAUACGAUGAUUACAGACUGUUUGUAAACGGUUAUGUCCAUUCGUUACAAGCAACAACUUUACAAGAUUGUGGAGUUCAUGUGUACGUUGGUAAAGUGCAGCCAAGCAUGAAAUCAACAACUGACGACGGCAAAAGGUUUUACGAACUGUGGUUUAUUUUAGAAGGUCGUGGACCAAAUCGUGGUAGUGUUAUAGAUGCGUUUUGUACAUGUAAAGGAGGCAGGGAUGGUGGGUGCAAACAUAUAGCCGCUGCAAUGUAUUCGCUCGAGGAUUUGUUGAACACCCGUGAGGAGGAUAGCGUGACAAGCGGACCUUGUAAAUGGACAAGAAAACCUCGCGUGAACACAGAGCCUUGUCCUGUGAAGGAGUUAAAUAUUACGAAGGAUAGGAUUGCACCUGCAGUUAAAGCAAAGAAAAGACCAUACCAGUGGCUCCAAAAUAAAGAUUUUGAUCCAAGGCAAAUUCAGAAACCCGUAGACAACGAGGAAAUUGCACGAUUUACGUCGAGAAUGAAAGAAUUGAAUCCUGGAUCACCCCUCUUCCCACUGCUGAAUAAAUUAUAUUUAUUAACAGAUGAACCUUGCAAACCAACUUCACCUGCUUGUACCAAAGCACCACUGUCUGACCAGCAGAAUAAACCAUCUUUGGGUAUAAUGGCACAAAAAAUUAUCAAGUUACUCCAUUUACACAGAUCCCUAAGUCCAAAUGAUCUACUUGCAUAUUUGAAAUUGAGUGAUGAGGAAAUCAAAAAUAUAAAUGAAUCCACUAUUGAGCAAUGGCAAUCUGAGGACUGGUACAUUCACAAACAAGGGUUCCUGUCGGCAUUUAAAUGCAAAAACUAUUGCACCAGGCAAAACAGUAUUAGAGAAGGAAAGUUUGAUGGUUUUUGUAAACUGGCAAAACAGACUGUAAAUGUUUCAGCUAGUGUACCAAGGGAAAAAAUGCACAAGGACAUCAAUAAUCCUAGGGAAUGGGGAUUAAACAAUGAAGCAAAUGCAAGAAAUGCAUACAAGAAUGUACAAAGCCAUUUGCAUCAUAAUGUCCAACUUCAACAUUGUGGCUUCAUGAUAUCAGCUAAAAAACCUUUCAUGGGAGCAAGUCUUGAUGACAUUAGAAGUUGUGGGUGCAUAACUGGUUGCCCCAAUGUAGCUGUUGAAUAUAAGUGUCCAUGGUCGCAUAAGGAUAAAGAUCCCAAGGCUGCAUUUCUCUCAAAAGAAAUUGGAGGUGUUAUUGUCAAUGGUAAAUUAUGUUUGCAAACAAGCUGCAAGUAUUAUUAUCAAGUCCAGAUGCAGAUGUUUGUCAUUGGCUUGUUAUCCUGUGAUUUUGUUGUGUGGACAACAAAAGGAAUUCAAUGUGCAACAGUGCCAUAUGAUGCUAAGUUCAUGAAUGAUGUAAUUUUGCAAUUGGAGGAGUUUUGGAUAGGGCAGGUUGCACCUUUGCUGAUAUUAGAAGUUGAACAUUUUACUGAGGAAGAUCACUCAAAAUCUGAAGCGGAGACUGCCAAAGCGUGUGCAGGUUCUUGUGAAGAUAAAGGGCAAGAUGGAUCCAUUUAUAUAAUUGAUGAUGAUUCUGAACCAAUUGCAAAUUCCUCCAUUAAACUUAAUGAUGUUGAAAUCAAAGAGCAUGAUCUAUUUUCAUUAACCCCUGGAAGGAUGAUCAAUGAUGUUAUUGCAACUGCAUUGUUAAAUGAACAGUUAUGCCAUUUUCCUGUAAUUGACUGCCUGUUUUAUUCCAUUUUGUGUGGGGAACAAGACGGUGGCCUAGCUUCUGACAGGAAAACAAGAAUGGUGGCUGCUGAAAAAUAUUUAACAAAAGAUCAUCUGGAAAAGGAUUAUGUUGUGAUUCCUGUUGUGCGAAGCCUUCAUUAG